CGCAGACUCCGGCAAAACCUCGUAGGCGGGCGUGGAAAUUUGGAAAUGACUUGUGAAAAUCAGUUUCGUUUCAAACAUUAAAGAGAUCGAUAUAACGCAUCACCCCCAACAUGCACUACUUUUUUCAAGCACCCGCUAACAUAAUGGGUAGGUGACCCAAUAAACCAGAAAAAUGUCUCUGGACGCCGAAAGACAAUUUCUCUGUCCCCGACUGAUAGACUAUCUCACCAUAGUCGGGACACGUUUCAGCAAUAAUCCUUCGAAACAACUUACCAAUCCUCCGAUUCAGGCCCCGGAACUUCUACGUCGCUACCCCAUCCAAGACCACAAGGACUUUCCCAUGCCCCUAGAUAUGGUUUAUUUUUGCCAACCAGAAGGCUGUUCCUUCGUGGGACCGAAAAGAACAGCUCUGAGGGAAGCUUCUUCUUUCGUUUUCACUCUCACUGACAAAGACUCUGGCAAAACGCGGUAUGGAAUUUGCGUGAAUUUCUAUAGGCCGGUGGAGAAAAAUCCCAAUAAUGCGGCAAUGGCUAAAGGAAGAGUGAAUACGAGCCUUAGGAGGGACUCGUGGAGAAAAAGUAUGGAGAAGAGUUCUGAUUCUGCCUUUUCGAGUGAUUAUAGGAGUAGCAAUGUGGGACCUAGUGAUUCGGAGAAAGAUUGUCCAAGCAGAAGGGGUUCCGAGUCGACGACGAUCAACUUACCACGACUGGGAGUAAUACCCGCCAAUGACUCGGAGAGCGGGGGUAGUCAUUCUCCUUCUCCUAGGGCCAGUCGUCGCCGUCAGAGGCUGAGGAAUCUCUCUCUAACAUCGCUUUGUAUUCUAUCUCAUCAUCCAUUCUUCACGAUGUUUAGAGAAUGUUUGUUUAUCCUGAAAAAACUCAUAGAUGCCUGUAACGAAUCGUCCAAUCCUCGAAGAGUUGGUGGAUCCAAACAGCUGUUCAGAGUCGAGGUAGAAAUUCUGUCUCCGAGUGUUUAUGAUCCUCUGAUUUUUGCCUUGCCAAACCACACUAGGUUUAGUUUAGUGGAUUUUCCGCUGCAUCUACCUUUAGAAUUACUAGGUGUGGAAACAUGCCUGAAAGUUUUGACGAUAAUUUUGUUAGAAAACAAAGUGAUACUCCAAUCUAGGGAUUACAAUGCUCUGUCGAUGUCUGUGAUGGCUUUUGUUACCAUGAUUUAUCCGUUGGAAUAUAUGUUUCCAGUCAUUCCGUUACUACCUACGUGUAUGAACUGUGCAGAACAGCUCUUACUCGCACCUACGCCGUUCAUAAUUGGUCUUCCAGCUAGUUUUUUGAUGUAUAAGAAAAAUUUCAAGCUUCCUGAUGACGUCUGGUUGGUGGAUUUGGAUUCGAACAAACUGGUGUGUCCUUAUGAGAUUCCUGCCCUGCCGGAACCGGAAGGAACUAUUUUGAAGAAUCACCUGAAACAAGCCAUCAGUAACUUGACAACUCCAAGCAAUGGUUCACAGCAACUCCAUCCGUCUAGAAGAGAAAGUAUAUCAUCGUCACCAGUCAACCCUAGUAUUAGCAGGAGUAGAUCGCCUGAAUCGAACCUAUUACCGGCAGCAUCACCAGUGAAUGCCGCAACUCAACAAAGACUGUCACUUACGCCGCAAGUACCGUAUGUACCUUCUUCACGCCCUGGUACGCCCUCUGCUAGUUACAAUCCGUUCAUUUAUGGAAAUGACGUCGACUCCGUAGAUGUCGCUACUCGAGUGGCAAUGGUACGUUUUUUCAAUUCCGAAAACACCUUGGCUAAUUUCUCCGAACAUACGAGAACUCUCCGACUGUACCCCCGGCCGGUAGUCGCGUUCCAGAUCAACAGUUUCCUGAGAUCCCGUCCAAGGGCGUCGCAGUUCCUGAAUCGCUUUGCAAGAACGCAAGCGGUUGAGUUUCUGGCAGAAUGGUCACUCACUCCGACUAACGUCGCUUUCCAGAGGGUUCACACCGGCGUGCUAGAUCCGGCCCUGAUUGGAGAUAAGCCCAAAUGGUUCAUGCACACUCUGGAACCCAUCAAGUUCGUUGUGUGGGAUGAUGGCAGUUCGUUGAAUGGAGCACUGAGGAGUAUCCAAAUGGUGGAAAACCAACCAACAGAUGAAAGCGGAUCUGACUCCGAAGAUGCAGAAAGCACCAGUUCGAGCUACUCCUCCCUCAGCGAUUUCGUCUCCGAAAUGGCAUCCUCAGAUCUCUCCCCUGGCUACAAUUCGUUCCACGAACAGAGAAAAGCUUCCGCGCAAAACAUGUCGUUCUCGUCGAGCAUCGACGUUGCGACCGUUUACAAGCCACCUUCGGAGCUGCAGUAUCCCGGUGGGGAAGUACCGCAAGCUAGAUCGGAUUCUCCGCAGUCCUCUUCCAGCAGCGAUUCUGAUUUGAGCUCGCCCUCGUUUAAUAGAGACUCCGAGCUGGAUUUUGCUGAGAAAUUGAGAAGCGAGCGAGUUAACGUUGCCAAAAUCGAUAAAGAUGAAGCGGGGAGUUGUGAAAACGAGUCGGAUUCUAAUUCUACAACCACCCCGAAAACCGUUGUCAGUUCCACUAAUGUCAAACAGGGGUCGCCCGUUGAAGUGGAAAGAUCCGUUACGUCCAGGAAGGGGAGAAGAACGGUCACCCCGGUUCCUCCUAUUACACCGUCGUUACAAAAACAACCAAGCGUCGGCAACGUUUUGGCUAGAACAUCGAGCUUCAGUUCCAGCAGUGGCAGUCCGGGUCCUACCCCGUCACCGAGCAGUGGCAUCACACGGCAAGGUUCUCAAGGGUCUCUAUUCGAACACCUGACUUCACAAGCGAAAGAGUUGGUGAAAGAAACCACGAGACAGAGCAGUCAAGAUGGAAUAUUAGCUCAAAUGGAUAAGUUGAAAACUCAAGCCAAAGACAAAUUGAUAGAAGCAGAAGAGAGCCAUUUAUUCGCUCCUUUCGACAAGCUCACGUCACAUGCGAAAAGAGCAGCAGAAGAAGCCACGAAAAGCGUCCAAGUAGCCGGCAAAAGUGCCAUGGAAGCCAGCAGAACAGCGACAGCUAUGAGCAGGAAUACUUUGGAUGAUCUGACAUACGUCGGAAAAACGACUCUCGGUGAUUUAACGAAAAGCGCUAAAGAUGUUGCGAAGAAAGGACUGCUUAGAGGGGACUCCUUCACCAGACACGACUCUUCUUCAAGUAACACCACCGUGGCGACAUCUAACGUCCUAACGGGAGAGAUUACUGAUGGGAUUUUUGUGGUGACAAGCGUAUUGGAAGGGGAAGGUGUGGGAUGGCUGAAACUCAAUAGGCUGAAAAAACUCAUGGAGGACGAGUCGUAUAGGAAUUUCGUACUCAGCAAAUUGAACAAAACUUUGGACAAGAAAAUUGGCCCCGAUGAUCACAUUGACGAUGUGUGUUUAUCUAAACCUGUUUGGAAAGGAAUGCUCAAAAUGAUGCAGGCUAUCGUUCAUGGAUUAGAAGUGACUUACAGUAAUUAUGGAUUGGGAGGUAUGGCAUCAGCAUUUCAGCUAUGCGAAAUUGCUCACACUCACUACUGGACCAAAGAUUUGAAUGAAUUGGGGCAGGAUCUCACUGAG